UAAAUAAUGAUUCUGUAAAUGAUGAUUUUGUAAGUGAUGAUUCUGUAAACAAUCAUUCUGUAAACGAUGAUUCUUUAAGCAAUCAUUCUGUGAAUAAUAAUUCUGUGAAUGGUGAUUCUGUGAAUAAUGAUUCUGUGAAUGCUGAUUUUGUGAAUAACAAUUCUGUAGUUGUUAGUUAUGAAAAUGAAGAUACAAUGUCUGAAGAACAGUUAUAUAUAGAAAAGAUUUAUUGA